GCAGCCGCGCAGAAAGCAGCACAGCCGGGAGAACGUGCAGUCCUGGGAGGAGAGGCAGAGAGACCGAGCCACUGCCUGACACCGAUGGCUUCCCCACUGCUGCCUCCAGCCCCCGUGCGUCCUGCCUGCUCAUCCUUCCCAGUGUUCAAGAAGGCAAGCCCCAAUGGAAAGCUCACCGUCUACCUGGGAAAGCGGGACUUUGUGGACCACAUCGACCUUGUGGACCCUGUGGAUGGUGUGGUCCUCGUGGAUCCUGAGUAUCUCAAAGAGCGGAGAGUCUAUGUGACACUGACCUGCGCCUUCCGCUAUGGCCGGGAGGACCUGGAUGUCCUGGGCCUGACCUUUCGCAAGGACCUGUUUGUGGCCAACGUGCAGUCCUUCCCACCGGCUGCCGAGGACAAGAAGCCCCUGACGCGGCUGCAGGAGCGCCUCAUUAAGAAGCUGGGCGAGCACGCCUACCCGUUCACCUUUGAGAUCCCUCCGAACCUCCCCUGCUCUGUGACGUUGCAGCCAGGGCCUGAAGAUACCGGGAAGGCCUGUGGCGUGGACUACGAAGUCAAAGCCUUCUGCGCGGAGAACCUGGAGGAGAAGAUCCACAAGCGGAAUUCUGUGCGCCUGGUCAUCCGGAAGGUUCAGUAUGCCCCAGAGAGGCCUGGCCCGCAGCCCACAGCGGAGACCACCAGGCAGUUCCUCAUGUCGGACAAGCCCUUGCACCUAGAGGCCUCCCUGGACAAGGAGAUCUACUACCAUGGAGAACCCAUCAGUGUCAACGUCCACGUCACCAACAACACCAACAAGACAGUGAAGAAGAUCAAGAUCUCAGUGCGCCAGUAUGCCGACAUCUGCCUUUUCAACACUGCUCAGUACAAGUGCCCUGUGGCCAUGGAAGAGGCUGAUGACACGGUGGCACCCAGUUCGACAUUCUGCAAGGUCUACACUCUGACCCCCUUCCUGGCCAACAACCGGGAGAAACGGGGCCUGGCCCUGGACGGAAAGCUCAAGCAUGAAGACACGAACCUGGCCUCCAGCACCCUGCUGCGGGAAGGAGCCAACCGCGAGAUCCUGGGGAUCAUCGUCUCCUACAAAGUGAAAGUGAAGCUGGUGGUGUCUCGGGGCGGCCUAUUGGGAGACCUUGCGUCCAGCGACGUGGCUGUGGAACUGCCCUUCACUCUAAUGCACCCCAAGCCCAAAGAGGAGCCCCCCCAUCGGGAAGUUCCAGAGAACGAGGCUCCAGUAGAUACCAAUCUCAUAGAACUUGACACGAAUGACGACGACAUUGUGUUUGAGGACUUUGCCCGCCAGAGACUGAAAGGCAUGAAGGAUGACAAGGAGGAGGAGGAGGAUGGCACCGGCUCUCCGCAGCUCAAUGACAGAUAGACGCCGCCCUCCCCAGCGGCCCCAGGUCGACUCUCCUGCACUAGGGUGCUUCCUCAUCUCCUUCCUGUCCUGGUUUCCCCUCCCUUUGUCUGUCCAGUUUCUACCAGGGGGCCCCAGUGGUCUCCCAGGUCACAGUGAUGAGCCUCCGGCCAGGGUUGGCCCCACAUCACCUGCCAGCAGGACCAGUGUGCCGCCUUCACCCCGAUCUCUGCAGUCGCCUCCACACCCCCAUGCUGACUCCCCCGAUGGCCACCACACCUCCGGCCUUGGAAUUUGACUCAAAAUGGGGAGCAGAAGGGGAGGAUGGAGCAUGAGGGGUGCGAUGAUGGGGGGGCGUGAGGGCUCCGAGGGUGAGGAUGAGGGUCAGGGCACAGAAGAUGGCUGCAGUCCUGGCUCUGGCAGCUAAAGGUGUCUGCAUUGAAGCCCAGGCCCCCAACCGAUGGCGAGAUCUCAAUGCCUUUUCAUAAUUUGGACCCACCAAAGACUCCUCCCCAUCCACCCCUGUCCCCAUCCCUGUGUCUGAUAGUGACAUUGGCGAAGGUCUCCCGGGAAUGGAGAACAGCCAGUGGGCUGACUUUCUCACCAGCAGUUACCUAGACUAAGGCAAGCUGUGGGAAUGAGCCCGUAUACUCCAGCACUGUCGGGAUAUGCCAUCUCAGCUGCUCUGCAUUUACGUGUUCGGACCUAUCUGUAUAUAUGUGUACAGGUGGGCAGAGUGGGGAGAGAGCCUUCAGCAAGCACCAGCCCCAGCAGAGUGAAAUGCUUCCGGGGAGGUUUCCUGAAGUGGGGGCUCAAUGGUGGCGAUGGGGGAGAUGAGAAUCUGCCCUGUCCUUCCCUCUGUGAACUUAGGCCAAUUACUCAGGGGAGCAAGGCUGGUGGCCCUUGUGGGUGGAGGCAUCUCCCUACAGUCCUCUCUGUCAGGCCCUACAGGCUGAGCAGAGUUCCUUCUGCAGGGGAGGCAGGGGCCAUUGAGAUGCCUUCACCUAAAGGGAAGGAGGCCGUGGGGCGCCAUGGAUGCCCUUCUUACUUUGGAGAGUUGAUGAUCCCCUGCAGUUCCCAUCAGCUGGUGUCGGUGUGAUAGGUUGACAGGUGAUGAGGUAGAAAGUGUUAAGAGGUGACUUUCUUGUCUGACCUUUGAUGCUAGCUUGCUGUAUGACCUUGAGCAAGUUCUUUCCCCUCUCUGAACCCCAGUUCUCACCUGGAAAACCAUGGAAUUUGACCAGAUGCUCACAGAAGGCUCUCUCAACUCUGGCCUCCAAUAAUUUGUGAACUUUAGAGCUUCUGGUCUGGUAGGCAGAGCCAAAGCUGUUGACCAGCCAGACGGAUUCAUUGGACCUUGAGUGGCAGGGCCCUGCAGAGUGCCUUGUACAUUCCCCAGGCCUGGGAAGGGGCCUCCUUGGGCCCUAGGGGUCACUUGUCUGCUGAGGCUUAGAUGGAGGCUUGUGAUAAGGCCUGCAGUACCUCCUGCCCCUGUGAAUGUGGACCCCUGAGGUUUCCCAAGCAGAUGUCCUGGUUAGCAGGGCAAGGGGAUCUUGACUUAUUUUCUGCUCCUUUCCAUUUCUGUCCCAGGCUUGCCCGAAGAGUGGGACAACGCAGUUUUAUUACACAGGUUGGAUGGCCAUGCUUUCCAGCCCACGCCUCCUGGAAUGGGCUGUGCAACUCUUUUUUGUGGGGAGAUUAGCUCACAAGCCUGGCUCUGCGCCCUCAGAAUCUCACUAGCACUCACCCAGAGGACCCCUAGCCAGGUUAGAAUCAAGUCAGCCACAUGCCCUGGCCAGCCCUGAGGUCCUGGCUGCAGGUGUCCAGCCCCUAUCAGAGCUGGCUGGGCAAUUUACACUCAUCUGGGCAGCCAUGGAGUUGAUGAAUGCUGGAUCAACUCCUGGCAAGCAGAUGUUCUCCGGUGUCUUCCUCUGCAGUUUUCAGGGCUGAUAAGACCCUUUGGCAUUUGGACUAACCAUUCCCCUCAAGCCUCUUCCCCUGUCCCUAACACAUGCACCCAAAAUGUUUCAGGCUAGUUCCUGGAGUUUCUUCCACCUCACCUCAUGCUCACCUUUGGCACCAUCCAGGACUGUCUGUCCAACCCUGCUUGAAGAGGACUGUCUUCUUGCUCCUUGAGCCAGGAGGCAUAGGGCUAAGGUCAGGAGUCGGGAAUUGACCUCGCCAUCCUUUCCAACGAUUUCUCUUUCUGUGCCCAGCACUAGAGAUAUCAAGAUGGCUGUUCUGGCUCCUGUCCUCGGGGAGUCUGUGGUCAGGGGAAAGUUAGGGCAAGUAAGGGGGUGGGGCCAUGGCUCUCAGGGCACUGUGGUUGCUGCUCUCCAUGCAGCCAGGCAGGGGUCCCAGCCCCACACGGCGUGCACAGCUGUGUGAGUGGUGCACAGGUUGGAUUUCAGCGCUGCUUGCCCCUUAGCCAGGCACCCUCCUCCACAGCCUCAUGCUACAGCCCUAUGGGACGUGCUGGCCAGAGUGUUUCCUUGGGCUUCUUCUGGAAGAGGAAGGGCCCAGGUCAUCCUUCCAGGCCCCUGAUCAUCUCAUCCCCCUAGUCUAGCCUCUAACUUGGCCAAGUGCUUCUCUGCAGGGUCCCUCUCCAUUCUGUCCAGGUGAGAUCCUGGAGUGAAGUGGGGGUGGGGAGCCUCACUAGGCCCCAGGCACCAGCCCACAGUAUUGAUUCUUCUGUGCCAAGCAUUUGGGACUUUCCAAUGGGCCUUGGAGGUGGCAUAGAGAGACCAGUCUAGGUAGGAAGGAGGAGAAUGCCUGGGGUGGAAGUCCACCACGCAGAGGGCCAGCUGGACUCUCUUGGCAUUUCAAGCAAGGGCAGAAUUCAAUCCCAUGAAGAUAAAGACUGAGCUGUUUUGCUGCAUCCCUGGACCUCCUUAGCCUCAAAACCUAGGGAGGUUGGAGUGUGGCCUCGGUGGGGAAAUUUGCUGACAUGCUGGUUUCCACAUGAUAUGGUGAAAGGAACCCUGUCCUGGAAGUCCCUAGUGCUGCCUCAGUCCUGCUGUCACCAACCAGGUAGGUGGCCUUGGGCAGGUCAUUGGCUCAGUUCGUUUAACUGUAAAAUGGAACCAUGACCCCUUCCCUGCCUGACUCAGGAAUUGUAAGGCCCAGAUGAGAAGGUAUGUGCUGAGUGUUCAGUGCAUUGCAGAUGGCCGCACGGGGCUCGGGGGUGUGGUCCAAGGUCAUGGGCAGCUGGCUGCAGGCUGAGCCCUCCUCCCACCAGUCUUUGUUUCUUGCCCCUCUGCUCCGGCAGAUGUCAACCAGAACCAAUUUAGCUCUGGUGACCCAGCCGAGAAGGAAAUUCAGACACUAUUCAGAAAGACCAUGCCCAAGAGCAGUGGUCCCAGAAACCAGGACAGAAAGAGAACAUGGAUAUUGUCAGUGAUCAGGGAUAUCUUGGCCCGCUCCUCUCCCCCAGACUGGUGUCACCCAAGUCUUCCACUUCAGAUGCCAAGAAUGAGCUCUGACCCUGAGUUAGGGAGAGCCACUAGCCCCAAGGCCCAAGAAACUGAUUCAACCACUGCAACAUUGAAGACACCCACGGGUGUGUGGAGAGGAAUUGCCUGCUCUUCCCUUCAAAGUAUGAAGCCCCACCCAGGAUCAUGCAGCCACCACAGCUUCUUUGCAACACUUGCAAAGGCUUUGGGCCCAGAGAAAAUUUGGAAGCUGAGCCCUCACUGCUCCAUUCUCCAGGGGGGUUCAUAGCCUAGGAUUUGGGGACUGGACCUUCUCUACCCAUCUGGAGGAAGUGGUUGGACCCCAAUCUUGAACUCUUCUGGGGUCUGAAGAGCAGAGGCCUCUGUUCUGAUAUUUCUUUCUAAGCUCAUAAGGACCAAAAGCAGGCUCUACCUUCAUUCACACAACCCAUGUUGGGCCUGAGAUAGUGCCAUCCCAGCCCAGGCAGCUUCAGCAAGAGGCCCUGCUGAAGGUGGAGCAUCCUCCCCAUCACUCUUCCAACUCAUCAUCCCAAAAGGGAAGUCAAAGCACAGGUCCCCAGGACCCAUAAUCUGUAGAUGCUCUGAUAUAGUGGUUCGCAAACCAGGUGCCGUGGAACCCCUUGUGUUCCAUAGAGCUUUGUCAGGGGCUGCUAAGGUGGGAAAAUGGGGUGGAGGCAAAGGCUAGGUCUCUAGCCCUCUCCCCAUUCCCACUUCCACCAGAACAACUCUGCUUUUAUCUGUCUUGCCUCCUGAGGUUUCACUUUCAAACUUUCUUUUGAAAAGAACACAUCAAACCACUGUUCUGAGGUUUGAUCUUAGACCAGCAAGCACAGGUUUAUUCUUGCUUUUCACAUUGGAAUGACUCCAGCACUCCAGUACGAAGUAUCUGUAUUGGAACUUGGUCACAGACCCAGGCCCAAACAUUUGCUUAUAGACACACAGACAUGCACACAUGCACAUUGGGGGUUUUCUGGCCAACCCUCUGAAGCUCUGGCCUGCGUUUGGUUUAGGUAGGGCCUGGUGCUCAAGGAGAAUGCAUUUGACCCUGGCAUUGGCCCAUAUAGCCUGGGAAGCCAUGGAGUGAGGAGACAUCCCUCCAUCCCCCAGGACUUGUGUCUGCACCCCGUGUGACACCCCACUUCCCUGGCUCAGCUCAUGGCACAACAGGGACAAUUGGGGACGGGGUGAGUCAGACUCAUCCUUUCAUGCAAAGCAAUGGGUGAGAAUUCAGUUUGCAUUGAAACAGGUCAAUAGAGAACUUUACGGCAACAGUCUCUCUUCUGAGGGCCAGAUGGCUCCAGAUCCCUUCUCAGCAGCAAGUUCCCCUUGGAAUUCUAGUAGGAAUCUACUUCCACCUUUGUGGACAACCAAGUGUGUGGAUAAUAGGAGACUCUCCUGCCCUGAAAGAGGCUGCUCCCUACCCACAAUCCCCUGAAUUCACUCCUCACCUGCCUGCCUCUCUGCCUGAGCCCCUCACCAGGGCUCACUGGCUGGUGGGCAUUCUGGUGAGAUAUGGGUCAGCUGUUGGCAUAGAAUCCUGCCAGGACACCCCCACCCAUGGCAUUCUAACUGUACAUGUGCCACUCAGGACACAGCAAGCUACAGCAUGAGGAAAGAGAGACAAUGGUAUAUUAUGUUCAGUUUGGGUGUGACCUCGGUUUCCCCAUGUGCAAAAUGGGGCCAGUGCCAGGCCCUGCCCAUCCAUAGGACUAUUGCAAGAGUCCCUAGGAGAUGUGGAUAAGAGAGGUGGUCAUACAAGGUGCUGGCUUGUGUCGGGGUGGUGCCUGGCAAAUGGGGUAAGGUCCUGGCCUGCACCACACCUCAGCAGAAUGUUUGGCAGCGGGAGUGUAGGCCAUGCCGUCUUCCUGGGCCCUCUGCUCAGAGCUGAGGUCUAGCCUCAACCCUGGGCGGCCUGUUUCCCUACUGAGUGGGAGCCAGUGUGUGUGUGUUUCCUGCGCGUGGGGAGUGACAGUGGCUGGGAUGUGUCUCCCGGUGUGUGGCCUUCUGUUAUGUGAUUAUUUUGUGACAUUCUCAUUCCUGGACCACCUGCCAGGUUUCUCUGUUGUACCUGUGGCAUUCCUUAAUAAGAAUAAGAUAAGUUAUUCUAGUUGAUUUAACUCCAACAAGAGAAACAAUGAACCCUAAGUAGGAGGCCAUUAAAAGUCUGUGGUGACAGAG